AUCUGUAAAAUAAGGUAAGUCUGUGAAAUGAUGUUAAAUGAGCGAAGUUCAGCUCUGGUUCUCAGCUUUGGAUGGGUCACUUGACGAAAGAGAUGCACCAUGUAGACAGUCCAAAGAAGUGACAAAAAUUAUGAAAAAGCUGGCUUUGAGGAAUCUGAAGGAGCUGUGGUUGGUUAACAUGGAGGCUGAGGUGUCAAGCCCAGUGAGGAUGACUGCAAAGGGUUAAUUCCUGUGUUAGCCAGGAUGGGCUGACACCUAUCAGGGAGAUCUCGGAUAGGCAAUAGGAAGAAGUUUCUUGCUGACAGCAAAGCACUGAAAUAGGUGGCCUGAAAGGGCUGAGGUUGGUAUCCUCAAAGGCACUGAUUAGAGACUAACCAUGAUACAAGCUUUGAGUUUAGGGAAUGGGCCUGAUGACCUUCAGAUCAUGUUUGCCAUGAAAGCUGGGAUUUAUUAAUUUUUAAUGAUCUGACUUCCUAAGGCUGUAGCUUUGGAAGAAAUAGCAGAGUAUCAUGAAAACCGCAAUCACUUGAAAGGUUUGGAAACAGUAGAAAAAUUGAGUAAGGUAGAAACUGCCUGCAUGGACAGGAGCAGAACUUUUCUUCCCUCAAAGGUGGGCCUUACUGCCCUCAAGUUUUCCAGGAGAGAGGAAAAGGAAUAAAGUGGCAAAGCAGUGCUUGAUUUACCUUGCCUUCAUGCCCUGCAGCCUCUGGCCAUUUUUGCUGUCUUUUGAAACACAAAGUGAUCUGCACCAAUAGUGUCUGAAUAGCAAAUAUCAGUGCAGCAUAAAGCAAAGGGCAUGCAUGUUAGAAAAUGAGCAACCCCUGGUAUUUCAUAGCAUAACAUACAGCAGAAAUGCUUGCAGGUUGCUGUUCUGUCAUCUUCUGAUUGCUGUACAAAGGUUGGUUGCUUUUCCUUGGUCUCAUUUAGGGCACAAAGAAGUGAGAAUAAGAAGAAUGGAGGUAAAAAGCAAGCAAGUCAUUUGGUAAUUUAUAUGCGUAUUUUGUUUGUAGCAUGCUGAGUCAAUUGUUUACCUGUUAGUAGGAAAGGGCUAAAAUAAAACAUUACCUUGGUUAGGUUAAUACCACAUGAGGAGCUCUAGGAUGCAGAGAAAAGUAGAGCAGCUUGUUUUGGAACUUGUGCUGUAGAACAAAUAAAAACCCUGAAUGUACACAUUCUGUUACCAUAUGUCACGCUUAUCAUAAAAGGCAUCUCGGUGUUAUUUCUUUGCAGGGAUGUUUGAACUCCACAGAGCAGACUUCCCUAUGAGGAGAGCGCAUGCCAGGGGUGCUGGGAUUGCCAUUGGUGCCUGUUGAGGCAGCUCCAGCGGGUGUCAGGAGCUCGUUCCUUCCUUUGCUUUCCUCUGUGAUUGACACUGGCAUCUGAAUCGCUGCAACUGUGCCUGAAGAAAAGCAAAGGAGCCUAAUUUUGUUUAGAGAAUUUUCCUGACAGGGGAAGGUAUGCAGUGCAGAGAGAUGUGCCAGCCAAGAGCCUGGAAGUGUAAGUCCAGAUGCUAGGGUGAGUUCCACUCAAGCCAUGCUGUGGUGAAUCUUUUCUCUCCAACCAUAUCUUGCUCGGCACCAGGGCAUCUGUGAGGGGCUGCCCAUGGCACUGUGGCAGCCUAGGCUGCUUUAGUCCCUGCUCUGUCUUCACUUGAGCCAUCUGAAGAACUGAAGAUUGUAGGGAAGAUGUUGGACUUGAGCUUCCUGACCGAGGAGGAGUAUGAAAAGCUGAUGAAGGUUCUGCAGAGAGAUGCAGAGCUGAAGAAGAAGGAUGUGGAUCGCAUCAGGCGGAUACAAGACUCCAUCAAGGAUGAAAAGAAGAAGAAGUUUGUGACAGGUGAAUGGUUUUCAGAAGUGAAGGCAAAACGGUUUCAGGAAGACUUGGAGGGGCCAGAUCUACUUCGUGCAUCAAUUAGAAGGAAAAAGGGCAAACUAGAAAAUGAAGCCAACAAGCUAAUCCAGAUGAGUCUGGAAAGCAAAGCUGCCCCAAGUCCUGCCUUUCCUGAGGACAUUGCUGAUGCAGGAGAGGGAAGAUCCAGUACACCUACUCUUGAAGCCACAGAGCAAAAAAUUUUCCCAAAACUGAAGCCAAGACUUCCUGUCCAGUUGUCUGCAUCAUACAAGAGAUCCGGCAUACAUGGUAUCUCUUCCUCAGAGAGUGACACUGGAAUAAGUCCAUUUGUGACUGCAACAAACAGCUUUCAUUUGUAUAGAAAAGGUCAUGGAGUAUCUCCAUUGCCCACUAAGAUUUCAGAGGAUGCUGUGCCUCAGCCCACCACUGCAGCUGGAGGAGAAGCUUGUGAUGGGGCCACUGGCACCACAGAGGGGCCAGAAAUUCCACCUGAAGAAACUUAUGCUCCCAGCAAAAUACCAGUUAAGAAGAAACCAAGCAGAACCCUCCCCAGAUCUGAGCAGUUUGUGAAUCACGUGGGGCCAGCACAAAAUAGCCUUGCAAAGAAAGAGCCACUGGCAAGCCCCCGACCACUGCCCACAGAAGGGGAAAGCAGCGGGGCUGGUAAGCAAAGCGUGAACUACACAAUCUCAUCCAUGAGUAACAAAGAGGAGGAUAUUGGCCUCAACCGUGAACACUUCAGGAACCUGAAGAACUUUUGGGAGAAGGCAGCAGACUCGGUGGCAGUGGAGAGCAUGGAGGCAGAGCUGGGCUGGAUGGAGGCAGAUGGCUGGCAGUUCAAGCUGUGCCGCUCGCUGUCUAUGCAGUCUGGGCAAGGCCAGGAUGCUGAAGAAAAACCUGGUGCCUUCACCAAAACAAGGGCCCCCUACAGAAGGACAAUAAUGUUGUCUUCUAGUGAGGAAGAGCCAAGCUAUGCCACUCCUGCAAGGAAGGGCUCGGUUUCCAUCACUCCCAGAUCCACAUAUGCCAAGAGCAAAGGUGACCUGGUUACAAGAAAUGACUUGCUGAGUGAAAGCAAUGGGAAGCUGCUGAUGCCAGAGGAAGAGAAGGUGGUGCAGCACUGCUCCAAGAAAUCCAGAUUGCCUGUGCGAGCACCUUCCAACCAACUUGAAUUGCCUACCAAGGAUGUGUCUGGCAGCACGCUGGAGCCAGGGACGCCUGUGGAGGAGCUGGUUGCGGUAGAAGGGCAUAAGCCCACAGCGAGGUCCCUGGCAAGCAGGGUACAGAUACUGAUCGAGCCUGUACUCACAGAUGGUGAAAGUGAUAAUGAGAAAGAGGAAAGAUCUGAUUUGGGCACUCAAGACAACAUGGAAAUAAAUGGAGAGCUACCUGAGGAAAAAAUGUGCAAGCCUUCAGACCAGCCAACACCCAGUAAACCAUCUGGAGAGAGAGAAGCUGUUCAGGGGACAGACUCAGCUGUUUACUCAGAGGAAGAUGGGGAUCAUUCUCCUGCUGUUCAGGCACUGGCCCGAGCAAAUAGCAUUAAUCUAGCAAAGAGCAUGGUGAACAUUUACACAACCACAGAGACAUACAAUAAACCUCAUUUGAUACCACAUCAAUUUCUUGAACCUGAAAGAGUCAAAGAACUGAGCAUAUCCUCUCCUCUCCUGUUGUCUGAGACUGAAUCAGACACGGCUUCGGAAAUCAGCUUCCAGUUUAACAGGCACAAAAAGACACCCAGCAUUGGCAGCCACUCGUCUGACAUGGCUUCCGUCUCUUCGGUGAGUGGCAGUGUGCUCAGUGUCUACAGUGGUGAUUUUGGGAGUGUGGAUGCCCAAGGAACUGUGGAAUUUGCUCUAGACUAUGACGAGAAGAACCGGGAGUUCCAGGUCCAUGUGUCCCAGUGCAAGGACCUGGCUAUAGUGGAUGAGAAGAAAGGAAGAUCUGACCCGUAUGUAAAAACUUACCUGCUCCCAGACAAAGCUAAGAUGGGUAAGAGGAAAACGUCAGUGAAGAAGAGGACAGUGAACCCCAUUUACAACGAGGUGUUACGGUAUAAAAUAGAGAAAAUGGUAUUGCUGAUCCAAAAAUUAAAUCUCUCUGUUUGGCACAAUGAUCCAUUGGGACGCAACAGCUUUUUGGGAGAGAUUGAAAUAGAUUUGGCCAGCUGGGACUGGAGCAACAGGAAACUCAACUGGUACCCACUGAAGCCUCGGAGCCUUUCUGCUGUUAAUGGUGUGGAUCAUCGAGGAGUGAUGAGUUUGUCCAUUAAGUAUGUCCCUCCUGGCAGCCUAGGGCCCAAGAAUCCUCCUUCUGGUGAAGUUCACAUUUGGGUCAAAGACGUCAAGGACCUGCUGCAGUUGCGUCCAUCUGGAGUUGACUCCUUUGUGAAGUGCUAUGUGCUUCCAGAUACCAGUAAGAAGAGCUACCAAAAGACCCGAGUCAUAAAAAGAGACACAAACCCUGUUUUCAAUCACACCAUUGUGUAUGAUGGCUUUCAUACGGAAGAUCUGAAGGAUGCCUGUGUUGAACUGACUGUGUGGGAUCAUGAAAAGCUUACCAAUCAUUUCCUUGGAGGAAUCAGGCUGGGCCUUGGGACAGGUUUGAGCUAUGGCAUCUCUGUAGACUGGAUGGACUCCACACAGGAGGAGGUGGCAUUUUGGCAGGAGAUGAUGUUGGCUGCCAAUGAAUGGAUCGAGGGAUUGCUGCCACUGCGCUCACUGGCAGGGAGGAAGAAACUGAAAUAAUCCAUUGCUGGUGCCAUAGAACCAUAGAAAUGCCCAGUGUGUUCAUUAGAAUUAGAAAACUUCCUGCACCAGGGAGAAAGAGACCAUCCACAGGGCUGCAAGUGUCAGGGUAGUAAUGCAAUUAAUGGACAUCACCUUGGAGGUGUUAAUGUUAAGUACUAAUCCACUCAUGGAGGACAUGGAACAUGCCAAACUGAUGCUAUAUAUGAUUUUGACUAAGAAGAAACUUAAUUUGCCUUUUUGUUUAAUCAUUUAUGUAUUCAGUAUAUUUUAAUUCCAUUAAGCUCUUGGGAACAUUUGCAAAAGGAAAAGGAGAUACAGAUACAUUUUUUUUUUACCAUUUCUUGUGCUGUUCUUCUUCUGUGCAGAGAUGUAGUUGUACUGAAGCAGCAGCGUGGUAUUAUUCAUACUCCUUGCAAGGGGUACACCUUGUACGUGGUGUACAAUUGCUCCAAGUCACAGCACAGUUUGAGAAUGGGAGCUUUGUGUUUGUCACCAGUGAUAACACCUCUUUAACAUGAGGAAAAUUGAGUUCCAAGGUGCAUCUAAAGAAAGAGAGGACUAUUUGCAGCAGAAAAUGGAGAAUCCUGAGGAGGAUGACAAUGAGGAAUUUGAUAUAUUAAUUUCUUUCUGGUUUAAUUUAAAAGAGUGCAGGGAUGCUUUUAGAGAUAGUGGGAUUUUGCAAGCAGGGGCUGUUUUACUGUCUUUCCCACAGACUUCCUAAGUGCCCUCACGCAAGUUUCUUUGUGAAAGGAGAGUUUUGAGUGCAAUAUAAACUAAAAUGUUUGCCCAAAUGUAAAAUAUGGCUACAUUGCUAGCAGGCCUAAGCACACCUUUGCAAUGCCUUAUGUGCAAAACAUUUCAAUAUGAACUAAUGAGGUAGGAGACAGUCUCAUGUUAGCCUGGUGUCAGGGAUGAAAGGUCAAAAUCACACUGGAAUGCAGGAGAUACUGGAAGCUGAUGGGAGAGGUAAGUAGGGAGUGAGUGAAUAUGAAGGGAGUGCAAAACUACAGUUUCCUUGGGGUCUCCUGCCUCUGCAUCUCCUGCUGCCUCUCUAGUGUUCCUUUCACCUGAUGCCUGUUAGUGAGUUGUCUGCAGCUGGAAUUUCCCUAUUGCCAGUAGCUUGCAAAAAACUUUGCGUCUGGCACAUUGACCACUGGUGGAGUGGUGUUGUGAAUACAUUUUGAAUUGCAGCUUUGUAAUUUUUAUUUCGGAUGUACAUAUUGUGAUUAAAUAGAAUGUUUUUCUUUAGUUAUCAGUUGGUCGUGUUGUACCUAUUUUUAUCAUUUUUAUCAAGCAAAAGAGGUGUUAAAUUUUGUUGUGCCAUUUUUGCCAAAGGGCAAGUGAAAUGUCAUGAAGAAAUAAUUUUUAUAACUAUCCCAUUUUAGAUUUUGGCUCUCUGAUUAUUUUGAUAUUCUUCCUUAAUGGAUUUAUUUUAUUU